AUGAAUCAAAGAGAGGUCCAUCGUGGCAUUCCGCCGCUUUUUACACAGCUGCCUCUGGUCCAAGAUUCGCUUCUCACUGAGACAACAAAGCUUCAGAAUGAAACAGUUGAUAAAUGCUUGCCAUUUCUGAGAGGCUCACAGACAAGUCAAAAUGAGACGCUUAACCGAUUUGGGUUGCCCGCGCUCAAGCGUGACGAGCACAUUGCGUUCUUAUACGACUCCUUAGAGGACUAUCCCGGGUCCUUCGUUGGUCUUGAUGCCAGCCGUCCUUGGUUGAUCUACUGGGCCUUGACAGGUCUAACUCUGUUAGGAGAGGAUGCCAGUAAAUUCCGUUAUCGCGUUACGUCUACACUCAAUCCCAUGCAAAAUCCCACUGGUGGAUUUGGGGGUGGGCAUGGCCAGAUGUCCCACUGCGCGUCAAGCUAUGCUGCCGUGCUGUCUCUCGCCAUGGUUGGUGGCGAGGAGGCUUUCCAAUUGAUUGAUCGAAAAGCAAUGUGGAGAUGGCUGGGGAGAUUAAAGCAGGGCGACGGUGGCUUUCGGGUCUGUGAAGGCGGGGAAGAGGACGUGCGAGGCGCUUACUGCGCGAUGGUGAUCAUAUCAUUGCUCGAUCUACCGUUAACUCUACCCCUCGAAUCCGAGGCCCGACAGUAUGGGCUGGAGUCAUUCACGAGUGGCCUUUCUGAGUAUCUUGCCAGAUGUAAAGCCAGGUCCUCCCUUAUAUUGUUGGGCAACAUUACUAACGGUUUGAGUAUGGUUCAACAUCGCCAUUAUCAUACCGACUCCAGCGCUAGCUCAAAGGGUGACUUCGCAUCGGCUUUUUCAUGGAAGUAUUCGCGCAUCAGCACCUCGAAUGUCCCGGGAUCGGAUACGGUAUUCGAUGAGGGAGACCGGUUGUUGGCAUGCCAUCCCCUGUAUGUGAUUCCCCAUAAAGCUGCGGAGGACAUGCGGAUUUGGUUUGAGAAUCAAUAUCUGGAGGUCUAG